UGUACAACUCAUUUCUGUUGCUUUAUCAACUCAUUUCUGUUGCACAGGUCCCAGUUUGUUUUCACCUGCCCUACUACGCACUCAACCUCAACCUCAACUUUGUUGUCUUUCCGAAACGAUUCAGUAAUUCUUCCCAAAGCUCGAAUAAGGGGAUUUUGAACUUAAAAUAUGGCCGUUUCCGGGGAUUUCCGGGUUUCGGCUGCUUUCGGCCCGCACCCGAAUAACUGUCUUCGGAGCUCAAAGCAUCCCACUUCCCCUUCCAAGGUACGCUUUGGUGUGUUCUUUAAAGGUGGUUUUAGUACCUCUGAGCUCAUGCUUAGAGGGAUACAAGCCCCACCUGCUGGUCAUAACACGCAAUGUUGCUCCAUAAGAACACUUGGGAUUCUUGGGGAUUCCAAGCAAUCCUCAAAUUCCUUGAGCCAAGAGUUUGACAACUUCCUUCUUAAUAUUACCAACAUGGGCUUUCUAGAGCGCAUUAGCUUGGCUUGGAAGGUAAUGUUUCCACCACCACCAUCAAGAAAGGAUUCCAAUGCAAAUAUCGCCAAGCAACGGUUGAAGAUGAUUCUCUUCUCUGAUCGGUGUGCUGUGAGCGAUGAGGCCAAGCAGAAGAUAGUGAGCAACAUUGUGAGUGUUCUCUCUGAUUUUGUGGAGAUAGAAUCUCAGGAUAAUGUUCAGCUGAGCGUCUCUACAGACCCUGACCUGGGGACUAUCUAUUCAAUCACAGUGCCGGUUCGGCGCGUGCGGUCAGAAUACCAAGUGGAGGAUCCAACUGGAACCAUCACUAGUAUUGAGUACAAAGAUACUGGAGAAAAUUCUGGUUCCAUUGAUGUCAAGUUUGAUUUCUACAUUCCUGGCGAGAAUUAAGAAGAUUACUGGAUCUGCUAACUGAGCUGGAUGAGGAGGAAAGGGAAAGGUGCACAAAGAAAAGGAUGAUUGUCUGUUCACUGCAAUUUCAUUUUCAUUUCAUAUUUGUAGUUAUUCUUUUUUAAGCAUACAAAGUAGCCACUUGCCUUGCUUUUCUAUCAAUGUAUUUUCCAUGUUUUAGAUGAACUAGAAGCUGUUUUCUUCACCUGAUCCGAACGUUUUUGAUAUGAAUCUUUUAAGU